AUACAACAGUUUCCGGUACUCCAGUAUGCUUAAGAAUACACAUUUAUACCCAUUUCCCACCCCGCACUAAGAAUAAUAUUCUAACACAUACACUGUUCAGCCUCGUUUGUGUAGUUAGCAAAGGAAUCCUUGACCUCUCAGUUUACGAGAAAGAGUAUCUGGCAACACUGAAAUUACCUGGAAACUACAAGUAACAGCCUUUAUUCUUCUGGUUUGAUAACGUAAACGUCAGUAUUGGCUAGGUGAGUUUUGUUUUGCAUCCGGUUUUGGGCGAAACUCGGAGCCGGGGAACUCUGAAACGCUCUUACAUGCUGAUCUUCGGCACCCUUUACCCCGCGUACUCCUCCUACAAGGCCGUGAAGACGAAAAACGUAAAGGAAUAUGUGAAGUGGAUGAUGUACUGGAUUGUAUUUGCCUUUUUCACCACUGCAGAAACACUCACAGACAUUGUUCUUUCUUGGUUUCCCUUUUAUUUCGAGCUGAAAAUCGCAUUUGUGAUUUGGCUGCUCUCCCCUUACACAAAGGGCUCCAGUGUCCUCUACAGGAAGUUUGUGCACCCAACGCUCUCCAAUAAGGAGAAGGAAAUUGAUGAAUACAUUACUCAGGCUUGUGACAAGAGCUACGAAACCAUGAUGCGAGUUGGCAAGAGAGGGUUAAACCUUGCUGCCAAUGCAGCGGUUACUGCAGCUGCAAAGGGCCAGGGAGUUUUGUCUGAGAAGCUUCGAAGUUUCAGCAUGCAGGAUCUCACUCUGAUCCGAGAUGAAGAUACUGUGCAUAUGCGAAGCCGUGAUCCACAGCUGCACCCCUCUGGUGCAAGUCUUCUGGAAACUAUUGAAGACUCAGCUUCGUGUUACUCCUCAGGAGAGGAGAGCAGUGUGGCACAUCGGUCUAAUGGAACCCCGUCAGAUGCUAGAACAGACCCAUCAGAUGAAGAUGCAGGAGACAAACUUCCUAAACGAACCCAGAGUCUCAAAACUCCUAAAAAGCUUCCCGUGAGAAGUGUAAAAGCCCGCCCUAAGAAGAAAGCUGCUGGCUCUCUUGCUUCUGGCGAGUCAUCCUAAGGCGACCUGCCCCCUCCAGCACCUGUCUCUGUCCUGGGAUUUGCCUUUCGCUUUUUAUGGGGAAACUCUCCAAAGGAAGGGAGCUGAGAUUCUUGUACAUAACCGAUACUGCUUUACAGAGCUCAUUCCAAGGCAAGGGGGAGGCUGGGAUUCAGAAAGCAGAGUAGAGGAUACAAAUCCUCAGGAAUUUUCUCCUUUUCAUCUGUCUGUUGGAGGGAAUGCUGAUAUGUCUGUACAUAGCCAGAUGCUUUGGAAUUCCCACUGUAUAACUCUAGUUGAGAAUCUUUGCUGGAAAAACCUACUAGGGUUAAAGACAUCCAUUGCACAGAAGCUGGAAAAAUACUAGACACUGGAGUUCCAUAGGGUGGGUGGCUCUGAAAAAUGUCUUCUCUUGCUCUGGGUAUUCUCCUGCAGCUGUGUGUUGUUAAGAAGUGCCCAUCAUGAGUCAUAUUCCUUAAGAAUGGAUAUGUCCAUUGCCUUUGAGAAAGUGGUUGAAGUGAUAUUAUACUGAGUGCUUUAGAACAUAAAGGACUGGCUCAUGGGAGGUAUAUGCUAGAUUCCCACUACUCAUACUGGAAGAUGAAGAGAUUGGGUUUAAUUUUAUUUUUUCUGGAAGGUGAUAAUUUUUUCUAGAAGGGAGAUAAUUUGAAAAACUGAUAAAGGAAAUGUGCUAUUACAUGCACAUUAUAUGAUGGAGUAGGUAGGAGUUACUGUUGAGAAGGAAAGUGUGACAUCUCUAAGAUUUUGGCUCUUUUUUAAACUGCUUGAAUUUUAUUUCAGGUUCUAAUGCUCACUUUGACUUCACUGAGAGCCUCAGAAUGAGGCGAGUCUCAUGCAGUUCCAUAGCAAGCAUACUCGCUUUGCCAUUUAGUGGUUGAACUCAUGUUGUUGUGUUGCUUGUUACUUCAGACAAAUUCUUUUAUUCUAGCAGAUGUCUGGGGAAAAUCUGUCUCAAAAUAGUCUGCAAACAUAUUUGAGAAUAUCAGAAGCCCUCACCUCUCAGCUUUAGGAGAGUCAAUCCUCAGGACACAAGAAUUGGAACAGUUGAUUUAUUAACGGUCGAGUUCCUCUAACUUCAGGAUUUCGUUUAUGGGGGAUAAAAAGCAGGCACUAGGGCACAAUACUGGUAAAUACUGAUUAAUCUGUCCUCUUGCUUUAUCCUGCUGCAGCCCUUGCACAGAUUUUCUGUCUGAUAUGUGCCGUGCUUAUCAGUGUCCUGAGACUCGAGCAAUACUUAAUGCUUGGGACAGAAAACUACAAGGAAUGUAGAAUAUGUAUUGUGGGAAGGCAAUUGUAGUGCUAGAGAGAAAAUUUGCUUAAUGACAAGCCAUACUAGACUCUUGAACGUUUUUCAGGGGCGAACCCCUGUACACAUGCCGGCUGAGCCUAUGAAAAUUUAAGAGUUGGGUUCUUGUUAUCAAGAUCGAUAAUGAAGGUGCAACAUUUUAGACAUGGAUGUCUGAAUGAAUACUUGAUGGUCUUAAUUUUCACUGAAAUUAGUUAUCAAAGGAACCUGGCUCCUACAUGCAGGUGUUUGCAUCCCAUACUUUUGUUGUCACAUUUCUGAAAUUACAGUGAAUUCUUCACAGGGCCCAGUAUUUUGCUGUUGACAAGGUAUAGAAGCACUUCUGCAGCUAAUGCUCCACAAGUAUUUCUGACCUAGAGAAUAGCCUUUCAAAAGUUUAUAAAGGUGAAGAUUAGGACUGAAUUUUUUUCUUGUUUUCCACUGUCUUGGUGGCAAAUUGUUUGCUGUUGAAUACACCAGUUAUUUCAGGAAGCCAGUUCAGUUGGGUUUACUAUUUUUUGCCGCUUUAAAAAAUUUAAACUUUACAGUCCAUGUUAGAAACUUGCGUCUUGUCAGAAAUAUUUGUCCUAAAUUAUCCACAAGGCCUUAUCCAGAAGCCAGUAGAAAAUGCUUGAUUUGGCUCUGCAUUUCAUAAAAAAAAAAAAAA